CUGACGCCAUCUCCCACCAAAAAAGUCCAUUACGAUUACUCAUUCACGGUUUUCUGUCAAGACGAGACAGUUUAUCAAUUUCACUCCGCUAACAUUAAUUUAAAAACACUUAAUCCACGAUGGACGGUGGAGGAUACUCAGGUGAUGGUGACCUUGGGGGUCCAAGGACACCCCAGCAGGCGGUUUCGACGAAGAAACUCCAGCAGACGCAGGCCAAAGUCGAUGAAGUCGUGGGGAUUAUGAAGGUGAAUGUUGAGAAAGUCCUGGAAAGAGAUCAGAAGCUAUCGGAAUUGGACAAUCGAGCUGAUGCCCUUCAGCAAGGGGCUGCACAAUUUGAACAGCAAGCUGGUAAAUUGAAGAGAAAGUACUGGUGGAAGAAUCUCAAAAUGAUGAUCAUCAUUGGAAUUAUAUGCGUCAUCAUCCUCAUCAUAAUUAUCGUGUCAAUAGUACCGAGCGGGAGUGAUUCAGACAGCCAGUAAUCCCCUGAGGCUAAACGAAUCAUCCAGAACUUGGAAAUCCAUCCUUAAAAGUUACGAUGAAGUUAAAAGAGUGAAAAGCACAUAUUUUUUACACUUCACACGGUGCCUUGUCUUCCAGGUAUCAUCGCAAAUCAAUCAAACCA